AUGUUGAUUGUUCUACCUGACUGCUAUGAAUGCAUGUAUAUUGCAUCGACCGUACCAUCUACCGGUAUUUCAGCUUCUAACCCUCCAACGGAAUCGACGUCUUCACCAUCAUCAACCCCCUCAUCGACAGAACCUGAUCUGGACGUACUUUGUUCCCCUACGCCCUGCAAGAACAACGGCGAGUGCCAGAUUGACCAUAACACCUUUGACUUAACUUGCGUCUGCGCCAGUGGAUACUCCGGGCCUCAAUGCUCUAACUCUUCUAACGUCGUACUCCUUGUUAUCCUAGUCCCUAUCACGAUUCUCAUCCUCCUCUUCAUCAUCUUCUUCGUCGUCCUCGUCGUAUACUAUCGUGUUCGUCUCCACAAACUGGAAGGGUAUAAAAAGAGACCAUUUCAUUACGACAGGAAUGCUCGUCGAUAUGAAGAUGGCAUGCAGCAGUUGUACUUCACAGAAGAUAGGAGACACCAACAUCAGGACCUAGAGACCUUCAAGAACAGCGCUAUGGGCCUUCGAUUCAGUAAAGAAAUCAAUGCUCGUAUGCAAGUGAGAUCUCAACAGAUGGAAUUACAUGGGCAUCACCCAUCAGCAUCUCGCCAUGAUCCUUCAGAUAGGCAUCGAAGUCGAACGGACCCGAUACAGAGUGGACGAAGCCUUCACGACCGACCAGUGACAGGCGACCAAGGAUUCCAGGGACAUCGCUCAAACGGUAUGCGCAGUCGGGGCAAUCCUUCCCUGAGUCACGAGACGGUCAGCAGCAGCAGCAGCGUAGUCUACAACAAGGCGGCCAGAAGGAGCGUGAUGGUCUCUUUAGGCAGAUCGAGAAACGGGAGUAUGCCGUCUGAUGUGUACGUAGCUAACGGUUUUAACGACACACGUCUUUAA